AUGCUUCAAGGCGAGCCCGACACAAGUCCAGACCAAAUCUACCAGCUUGUCACCACCGUCAUCGAAGAGGACCUUUUAUAUCACCUUGCCAUACACCUACACAAGCUCCCAUUUGAAUCUCGAAAAGAUACCCAGGUCAUCUUCUCAUAUAUCUUUCGGUUUCGUCCAGCGGGUGCAUCCCCUAAGUCCGAUCCGGUAGCAUUAUCCUAUGUUGUCAACCAGCGACCACAGGUGCUCAUUGAGCUUUGUCGCGGAUACGACUACAAAGAAAGCGCUACAGCUGCAGGUGCUGUUUUGCGGGAGGUCUUGAAGGUUGAGGCUGCAGCUGCCGUUAUCCUAUAUGAUGAUGCUGAGAAAGAGGGCUCCAGUGCUUACGGGCUUGCAGGCAUUGAGAGGGAUAAGCCGCAAAGCGGAAAUGGAGUGUUUUGGAGGUUUUUCGAGUGGAUAGACAAAAGCUCUUUCGAAGUUGCUGCGGACGCCUUCACUACCUUUAGGGAACUUCUGACGAAGCAUAAAGAACUCGUACCAAGGUAUCUUACGAUCAACUUCGACUUGUUUUUCACCCGGUAUAACUCCACCCUCGUCCAGUCCAACAGCUAUGUUACGAAACGACAAUCGAUCAAACUCCUUGGAGAGAUCCUCCUUGACCGCUCUAAUUACAGCGUUAUGACGGCAUACGUUGACAGCGGAGAGCAUUUGAAGAUUUGCAUGAAUCUUCUCCGAGAUGAUCGGAAAAUGGUUCAAUAUGAGGGUUUCCAUGUUUUCAAAGUUUUUGUCGCCAAUCCUCACAAAUCGGUUGCCGUGCAGAAAAUCCUGAUCAUGAACCGAGAGAAACUUCUGGCUUUUCUAUCGAAUUUCCUCAGUGACAGAACUGACGAUGAGCAAUUCAUUGACGAGCGCGAAUUUUUGAUUAAGCAAAUAAAGAAUCUACCAUCUCAGCCAACCCCAUCCCAAAGGUAA